CAAAGACUCACCAAGAUCUAUGUACUCGAACAUAGAGUUGGCUUGGAUAAUCGACUCAAUUCUAUGUGAUUCCUUUCUCUAUGGGUUUUAUUUGUAAAGAUACUUUGGUUUCAAUUCAAAUCGCACGUUUUAUAUUUUAAUUGUGUUCAUUGUAAUGAGCCAAAUUUAGAACGAAGUGUUGGUUUUUUGUUUUGAGAAACAAGGCUAUCAUGGUGCUUUACUUUACGAGCAAUGUGGUCUCUCCACCGGUGACGCUUUUUAUGGGUGCAGAUAAGUACGAGAAUGAGAAACUCAUUAAAUGGGGCUGGCCUGAAGACGUUUGGUUUCAUGUGGACAAACUUUCCUCAGCGCACGUUUACUUACGGCUACAUUCAGGCCAGUCGCUGGACGACGUCCCGACGGCAGUCCUGGAGGACGCGGCCCAGCUGGUGAAGGCCAACAGCAUCCUAGGGAACAAGAUGAACGACAUUGACGUCAUCUACACCAUGUGGUCGAACCUGAAGAAAACAGAAGGGAUGGAAGUGGGACAAGUCGGUUUCUUUAAAGACAAUGAAGUGCGUAAGAUGAGAGUGGCCAAGCGAAUCAACGAGAUAGUGAACAGGCUGAACAAGACGAAGCGGGAAGCCCAGCCCGACCUGCAGGCGGAGCGGGAGGAGAGGGACAAGAGCGAGCGGGAGGACAAGAAGAGGCUGCUGAGAGAGCAGAAGGAGCGCGAGAAGGAGGAAGAGAGGCGGAAACAAGAGGAAGCUGAGCUGAGGAGCUACACAACACUUAUGAAGUCUGAGAACAUGACCUCCAACAUGUGUCCGGAUGGUAACGACUCAGACGAUUUCAUGUGACUGGCUGCGAGAGUCGAGCAUCACAUCCUGCAGUUUCUUGUUGGUUCUUAGCAGCAACUGAUGUGCCAGACAAGAUGUGCUGCACGUGAACAUUUUACAUGUGUCAGUCCGUUCAUUCCAAAACUAAAACAUUUCAUAGUCAUGUUGAAAUGGUUUUCUGUUUUGUUUCAUUUAAAAAAAAAAAAAGUAAAAAUAUGUUCCAUUCAA